AUGACAGUCCAACAGUAUUGUUUACGAUGGAACAACCAUCAGCCAAACUUCAUAUCAGUCUUCUCCAGUCUUCUGAGUAGCCAAUCAUUAGUAGACGUCACAUUGGCAGCCGAAGGGAAACAAUUACAAGCGCACAAAGUAGUCCUAUCGGCCUGUAGCUCGUACUUCCAGUCAUUGUUCGCCACAAAUCCUUGCAAACAUCCCAUUGUCAUCCUCAAAGAUGUGAAAUUCUUGGAUCUAAGAGUAAUGGUGGAUUUUAUGUAUCACGGAGAAGUGAGCGUGUCUCAGGAACAAUUACCUUGCAUAUUGAAAACGGCGGAAAUGUUGAAAAUCAAAGGUUUGACGGAGAUUCCUAUGGAAAAUACGGCUGCGAAAUGUCAAGGCCAAUCGAUGGAAAAACAGGAAAUGCUUCAGAAUACUGAAAACUGGAGUUUAGAGGAAAGCAGACCCAUCAGCCCUUCUUCACCUUCGAGUAAAAGGAGGAAAUUGAAAAAAAACGUAAUAUGCAACCCAACGAUUACAACCGAAUCAGCGGAAGGUAUAUCCAAUGAAAUUUUAUUGAGCGCCAGCGACAACGUAUUCGAUACAGUUUUAAAAACGGACGACAACAGGAGCCUCGAAGAGAGCCCCCAAAAGUACAACGGCAUCCCGGUGUCCAGUAUACAACCUUCUACGUCGCACCAUAGAGAAACCGAACCAGCUCAUCAAAUAAUUACACAAAUAACUCCACCCGAAGACGUGAAUACGCCCCAGCACAUAGAAUGCCCUUCGGUCGAAAUUCCUCGUACCUGCACAACCAGCCAACCGACGUCCGCCGCCUUCGCGCGCCGCUCGUCGCCGACGCCGCCGCCCCUCGACGUGCCGCACAUGGGCCCCAAGCGCGGGCGCUUCCUCAUGCGGCAGUCUCGGAUAAAGCGCGAGCCCGACCUGUCCCACGACCAGGACGCCGAGCCCGCCGGCGCGCUCUCCCAGUACCUCACCGUCCCGACGCCCCUGCGCAUCGAGCGCCAGUGCUCCGAGCCGACGCCGUGCGUCUCGACGUCGCCCGAUCUGCUGCACGUGCCCGAGCACGUGCUCGUCAAGCAGCACUCCCAUCCCAUAUUGCCCAGCCAAUCCGCAGAGGGGGGUACGAGGUCGAGCCAUUGCCCGGUGGUGCGACAGGGGCCGGCGUUGGGGUGCAAUUAUUGCUGGAACACGGUGGACACGCACGGCAGGAUAUUGAGAAGGAAGACGAAGUACCACUGUCCCGAGUGCCAGACGAACCUGUGCAUAGUGCCGUGCUUCCAGGAGUACCACAAGAACCAGCCGGCCAAUCGGGCGCCGUCGCCGACGAUCGUUAAAACUCACCCGAAGAGUAUGUAA